UCCUGUCUAUCCUGGGCGCUAAUGCUCUCUGCGCUGCUGCUGCUAAUGCCGGCCCGCGAGAAUCACCCCACUCCCCGCUCACCCUGCCGCCUGCCCGGGGGAGCCGCGCCCGCUGCAGGGCUCCUGCCAGCCCCUGCCUGCAAGGACGGGAGUUGGCGUCAGCCCAGGGGCACCGAGAGCUCAUGAGUUGCAGCCUCGUCCACGCGGCCGCCAGCACUUUUCAGAGCGAGAAAACUCCCGCCCGGCUCUCUCCCGGCCGGGUCCCGCACCUGGACCGCGGCUGCCCCAGUCUCCGCUGAGGGCAGCUGGCACUGCAGGCGCCCGAUCCCGCCUCUGUCCCCGGCCCCGUGGGAUGGAUGCUCGGAGGCUCGCCUGGAAGUCCCGCGGAAACAACCCGCGCUCCGAGGUGCUCCUGGCGGGGCCCUGAGAGUUUGGUUUGCUUUGUCCGAUGCCCCGCCACGGCUCCCGGACCUAGUCUCGCCACUGGGGCGGGCGCCCCGUAACCCAGAGCGGCCAACCCAGCCGGACAUGUGCUGCUGCAAGUCACCGCUCGCAGGAGAGAAAGAACAAAGUCCCGCUGGGCCGGAGUUGCGUUUUGCAGCCGCUCUCUCGGCCCCUGCCAGCCCGCACGGGAGGAUGCUGCUGCUGCCGCUGCCCAGCCAGGGAUGCGGCCCCGCUCAUUGCCCUGCCCGGCCCGUGCCCCGGGGCUGCCAGCCCCCCACUUCUAGGCUUCAUGAAUGACCUCGGCAAAGACCUUGCUGGGCUGUUUUGUUCUCCUCUCGCUCUUGCCCGGAUGGCUUCUGCGGACCGGCCCCUUCGGGAUGACAGCGGGUCAAUGAGUCCCUCGCGCCCCGAAUCCCGGGGAGAGUAACAGCAACACCCCGGGGGGGGGGCUGCAGACUCCGUGGGUGCAUGUUGCACCGCUCCGUGCUCCAGCAGCUGGUCCCUGGAUGGGACCAAGGCUGCUCCGUCCCCGGGACGUUGCCUCGCUGAGCCUGGGGGCGGGACGGGGGGGGGGGCACUUUGCCGGUCCAUGGGCCUCUCCUCCUCCUCCUCCUCUCUGCGCUGCGCGGUGCCAAGCCAGACAUCACCGCGGCGUGGCUGCACCUGCUAAAAACCAACCGGCGGCAGAGCCAACCAGCCCGCUUCCCUCCCCCGCCCAGUAAACCCGCCCGGACUCGCGGCAUGCAGCAGGGCACCGAGCCGGCUCUGCCAGAGGCGCCAGGCGCGGGGCGACCCGGCCCUGCCACCCUCCGCUAACCGCCCGCCUCUCGAUGUGACACUCGCCCACCCCGGCACCCCCUGGCGCCUGCUCCUCCCCCGCCUCUGCCCCCCGGCCGCCAUGGAGCUCUCCGAGGUGCGGUGCCUGAGCGACAGCGCGGAGCUGUACACCAUCAACAGGACCCCCCCCUGCAGCGGCCGCGCCAGACCCCAGCGCCUGCUGUGGCAGACCGCGGUGCGCCACAUCACCGAGCAGCGCUUCAUCCAGGAGCAGAGCAGCAGCAGCGGGGGGAGCAGCAGCGGGGGCAGAGCCCUGGGCUCGCAGGACUCCUGCUGCCCCAACCACCACCCGCACCCGCACCCCGCGCGGCGCCCCUCCGAGCGCCACAACAACGGGGGCACCAAAGUCUUCCCGGAGCGCACCAGCAGCAGCGGGGACCUGGGCUUCCUGCACCUCGACUGCGCCCCCAGCAACUCCGACUUCUUCCUCAGCUGGGGCUACACCUACCGCGGGGUCAUCUUCCCCACGCUGCGCAACUCCUUCAAGUCCCGGGACCUGGAGCGCCUCUACCAGCGCUACUUCCUGGGCCAGCGGCGCAAGUCCCAGGUGGUCAUGAACAUCCUGGACGUGCUGACCAAGCUGACUCUGCUGCUGCUCCACUUGACCCUGGCCUCGGCCCCCAUGGACCCCAUCAAGGGCAUCCUGCUGGGCUUCUUCACCGGCAUCGAGGUGGUGAUCUGUGCCUUAGUGGUGGUCAGGAAGGACACGACCUCCUACACCUACCUGCAGUACAGCGGGGUGGUGACUUGGGUGGCCAUGGCCACGCAGAUCCUGGCCGCUGGCCUGGGCUGUGGCCUUCUGGGCGACGGGAUCGGCUACGUGCUCUUCACCCUCUUUGCCACCUACAGCAUGCUUCCACUGCCCCUCACCUGGGCCAUCCUGGCCGGGCUGGUGACCUCCUUCCUGCAGCUCGUCAUGCAGCUGGUCAUCCCUAGGCUGGCAGUGAUUUCCCUCAACCAGAUAGCGGCUCAGGCAGUGUUAUUUAUGUGUAUGAAUACAGCGGGAAUCUUCAUUAGCUACCUAUCAGACAGAGCUCAGCGCCAAGCCUUCUUAGAGACCCGAAGAUGCGUAGAAGCAAGACUGAGGCUAGAGACGGAAAACCAGAGACAGGAACGGCUGGUGCUUUCUGUAUUACCUCGAUUUGUUGUACUAGAGAUGAUUAACGACAUGACCAAUGUGGAAGAUGAGCACUUGCAGCACCAGUUCCAUAAGAUCUAUAUUCACCGCUAUGAGAAUGUCAGCAUUCUUUUUGCAGAUGUUAAAGGUUUCACCAACCUCUCCACAACCUUGUCAGCACAGGAGCUGGUCCGAAUGCUGAAUGAACUCUUUGCCAGAUUUGAUCGACUAGCACACGAACAUCAUUGCCUUAGAAUUAAGAUCCUGGGGGACUGUUACUACUGUGUUUCUGGGCUCCCGGAACCUCGCCAAGACCAUGCACAUUGUUGUGUUGAAAUGGGACUCAGCAUGAUCAAAACUAUCAGGUAUGUUAGGUCAAGAACAAAGCAUGACAUUGACAUGCGGAUCGGAAUACAUUCUGGAUCAGUGCUGUGUGGGGUGCUGGGCCUACGGAAAUGGCAGUUUGAUGUCUGGUCGUGGGAUGUGGAUAUUGCAAACAAACUCGAGUCAGGCGGCAUUCCUGGGAGGAUCCACAUCUCCAAAGCCACUCUGGACUGCCUGAAUGGGGAUUAUAAAGUUGAAGAAGGACACGGUAAAGAACGAAAUGAAUUCUUAAGGAAACAUAACAUUGAGACCUAUUUAAUAAAACAGCCCGAGGAGAGUCUGUUGACUUUACCUGAAGAUAUUGUGAAAGAAUCUGUCAGCACCUCAGACAGGAGAAACAGUGGGGCAACAUUUACAGAAGGAUCAUGGAGCCCUGAACUCCCAUUUGAUAACAUAGUGGGAAAACAGAACACUCUGGCUGCCCUAACAAGAAAUUCAAUAAAUCUGCUUCCAAACCAUCUUGCACAAGCUUUGCAUGUCCAGUCUGGGCCCGAGGAAAUUAACAAGCGAAUAGAGCACACCAUCGACUUACGGAGUGGCGAUAAAUUGAGAAGAGAGCAUAUCAAGCCUUUCUCACUGAUGUUUAAAAACUCCAGCCUGGAGCAUAAGUAUUCUCAAAUGAGGGAUGAAGUGUUCAAAUCAAACUUGGUGUGUGCAUUCAUUGUCCUUGUAUUUAUCACCGCAAUCCAAAGUUUGCUUCCUUCUACAAGGAUGAUGCCAAUGGUCAUUCAAUUUUCCAUUCUUAUUAUGCUGCACUCCACUCUUGUUCUAAUCACCACUGCAGAGGAUUAUAAAUGUUUACCUCUAGUGCUACGGAAAACUUGCUGCUGGAUUAAUGAGACCUAUUUGGCCAGGAAUGUGAUCAUUUUUGCAUCCAUUAUGAUUAACUUCCUGGGAGCCAUCAUAAAUAUUCUAUGGUGUGAUUUUGACAAACCAAUACCCUUUAAGAAUCAGACUUUCAAUUCCUCUGAAUCUUUUACAGAUAUCUGCUCCUAUCCUGAGUAUUUUGUCUUUACCGGUGUCCUGGCAAUGGUGACCUGUGCAGUGUUUCUUCGUCUCAACUCUGUUCUGAAGUUGGCAGUGCUUCUCAUUAUGAUCGCAAUCUAUUCUCUGCUGACUGAGACCGUUUAUGCCUCCCUCUUCCUGCGAUACGACAACUUUAAUCACAAUGGAGAAACCGAUUUCCUGGGCACAAAGGAGGCGUCCUUGCUACUGAUGGCAAUGUUCCUGUUAGCCGUAUUUUAUCAUGGUCAACAGCUUGAAUACACAGCCCGCCUGGACUUUCUAUGGCGUGUUCAAGCGAAAGAAGAAAUCAACGAAAUGAAGGAAUUAAGGGAACACAAUGAAAAUAUGCUACGAAAUAUUCUGCCAAGUCAUGUUGCCCGUCACUUCCUGGAGAAGGAUCGAGAUAACGAAGAGUUAUAUUCUCAGUCCUAUGAUGCUGUUGGCGUGAUGUUUGCUUCCAUCCCUGGGUUUGCUGAUUUUUAUUCUCAAACUGAAAUGAAUAACCAAGGAGUGGAAUGUCUCCGUUUGCUGAAUGAAAUCAUUGCAGACUUCGAUGAGUUACUAGGUGAAGAAAGAUUUCAAGAUAUUGAAAAAAUUAAAACCAUUGGCAGCACAUACAUGGCUGUAUCAGGAUUAUCACCUGAAAAACAGCAAUGUGAAGACAAAUGGGGACAUUUGUGUGCUCUGGCUGACUUCUCCAUAGCUUUGAAUGAAAGUAUACAGGAGAUCAACAAGCAUUCGUUCAACAACUUUGAACUCCGCAUCGGUAUUAGCCAUGGCUCUGUUGUAGCAGGAGUUAUCGGUGCUAAGAAACCCCAGUAUGAUAUCUGGGGCAAAACAGUUAACUUAGCUAGUCGAAUGGACAGCACGGGUGUAAGCGGCAGAAUACAAGUGCCUGAAGAAACGUAUCUGAUCCUGAAGGACAAGGGAUUUGCUUUCGACUAUCGAGGAGAGAUUUACGUCAAAGGUAUCAGCGAACAGGAAGGAAAAAUCAAAACAUAUUUUCUUCUAGGAAGAGUACAACCAAAUCCUUUAAUCUUACAACCAAGAAAACUGACUGGACAGUAUUCCUUAGCGGCUGUUGUAUUAGGACUUGUACAGUCUCUUAACAGGCAAAAACAGAAGCAAAUCCUUAAUGAGAACAAUAACUCUGGCAUCAUAAAGGGACAUUAUAACCGGCGGACUUUGCUAUCUUCCAGUGGACCAGAGGCAGUGGCCCAAGCAGAGGCCUCUGACAAAACUGAAUUGCCAUAAUAAACAUUUUGUUUGUGUUCUUUUUUUUAAUUUCUUUUAUAUAUAAAAUAAAUAUACAA